AUGGCGUCCGACUACAAGCAGCGCGAGACGGUCGGCGUCGAGGAUCUUGUUCUCCUCCCGCAGAUCAGCGAGAAGGCCAUUACUGAUGACCUCUCCGUGCGCCAUUGCGAGGAUUUGAUCUACACAAACAUCGGCUCUGUGCUGCUCGUGGUGAACCCUUUCAAGGCGAUUCAGGGCCUGUACAAUGAUGCGCACAUGCAGUUCUACCGGCACAAUGGCCGGCUGGGCGGCGUGCGAUACGCGCUGCUUGAGGGACAGGAGCCCGGCGACGCCGCUCUUGGCGGGCCGCACAUCUUCGCCUUGGCCGAGGAGACGUACCGAAGCAUGGUGUCAGAGGAGGAGAACCAGUGUGUCAUCAUCUCCGGUGAAUCGGGUGCCGGCAAGACAGAGGCAUCGAAGCACAUCAUGCAGUACAUCUCCGCAGUCUCUGGCAACACGAAAGACAUGCAGCGGGUCAAGCGCAUCAUUCUCGAGUCCAACCCUCUGCUGGAAGCGUUCGGCAACGCCAAGACGCUGCGCAACGACAACAGCUCGCGCUUUGGCAAGUUUCUCGAGAUUUACUUUGACAUCCGCGGCGGCCCGGUUGGUGGUCACCUCUCGCACUUUUUGCUGGAGAAGUCACGUGUGUCGAGUCAGCAGAUGGGGGAGUGUAACUUCCACAUCUUCUACCAGGUGUGUGCUGGCGCAGCUGCCGAGCUGCACGGUGACGGCAGCGGGCUCCAGCCCUCGAGAGAGGGAAAGGGCGGCAACCGGGAGGGCUCUGUUGCUGCGUGGGACGACGAUGACAACGAUGGCGGUGGCCACGCCCCUAUUGCCUGGCGUGAGGUGUUUGAGGAGAUGCGCAUGCAUAGGGGAGGCAGUGACAGCAACAUUGGCCAGUCGCAGCUCUUCGUCUCUUCCUCUCCGUUUUCAGCGUAUUAUCCGUGGAGGUUUCUGCGCCCGUCAUUGGGGUCUGGGCAGCACGCGGAGGAGUUCACGUCUCGCGCCGGCAUCGAUGACUUGCGCGGCUGGCGUGAGACGCUCAUCGCGAUGGAUGCGAUGGGGAUGUCGUCGCAGGAUCAGGUGUCCGUCAUCAAGGUUCUGUGCCUGGUGCUGCACCUCGGCGAGCUUGAUUUUGUGGCACCGGAGGAGGGCGGGGCGCUGGCGGCGGGGCAGAACCCAUGCACCGUUGCGAAUCCCGAGGAGCUUGCAUUUGUCGCGCAGCAGCUCGGCGUUGAUGCUUCAGCGCUGCUGAAGGCUCUGACGUGGCGAAAGCUGCAGAUGGGCGCGACGGAAGUGGUCUUCUCCCCUCUUGAUGUGCAGCAGUGCCGCAGCACUCGUGACGCCGUGGCGAAGGUUCUCUACGAGGGUGUCUUUGAGUUCAUCGUCAGCUCCGUGAACACCGCCUUCGGCGACGCCCCUCACGCCCUCAUGCUCGGCGUGCUUGACAUUUACGGCUUCGAAAUUUUUGCCAAGAACGGGUUUGAGCAGUUCUGCAUCAACUACGUGAACGAGAAGCUGCAGCAGAUCUUCAUUGAGCUGACGCUGCGAGUGGAGCAGGAGGAGUACGUGCGGGAGCACAUACCGUGGGAGGACAUCAAGUACUUUGACAACCAAAUCGUCUGCGACCUGAUCGAGAGCGACCGUCCACCAGGCCUGUUCGCGAUCAUGGACGACGUGUGCAUCACCAUGGCAAAGGAGGAGGAGUCUGUGGCGGACCGCAAGCUGCUGGACAAGCUGGCCAUGACAUACAGCAGCCACCCGAACUUUUUGCGCAGCGAGCGCGGCUUCAUCGUUAAGCACUACGCUGGCGACGUCGAGUACAGCACGGACGGCUUCGUUGGCCGCAACAAGGAUCGGCUUGGCGCGGACGUGGUCGAGGUGCUGUCAAAAAGUCAGGCACAUUUCUUGCUGGAAAUUCUGACCGAUGUGCUGGCGGACGGCUUGGCGGCGGCGUCAUCGUCUACCGGGACCAGCGGAGCUCGUCGCGCCUACACCACAGCCGGCUUCAAGAUCCGCCAGCAGGCCGCCGAUCUCGUGCGCACGCUGAAGCAGUGCACGCCCCACUACGUGCGCACCAUCAAAUCGAACGAUGUGAAGCGGGCCAACUUCUUCGACGAGGCGCGGGUGCUGCACCAAGUGAAGUAUCUCGGCCUCCUGGAGAACGUGCGGGUGCGGCGAGCGGGCUACAGCUACCGGCAAUACUUUGACAAGUUCCUCAAGCGCUUCAAAUACACGUGUCCGAGCACCUAUCCACGGCCCUUUCGAGGCACAGACAGGGCGGCGUGCGAGGCCAUCCUCGCCUACCUGCAGGACGAGCAAGAGGUGCUGCCACCCGACUCCUUUGUGAUUGGCACCAGCAAGGUCUUUAUUCGACAGCCGGAGCAUGUUCUGGCGCUUGAGCAGAGCCGUGAAGCCGCCUUUCAUGCCCUAUCCGUCACCAUUCAACGCGCGUGGCGGCGCUACACGCAGUGCAAGCAGCUCCUCUGCCUCAAGGCGAAGCUGGACCGCACGUACACGCGGCACCGCAAGACGCGCCGUGCCGACAGUGUCUUUCGAGCCUACGAGGGCAUCUACGUGGAGACCGAUGCCGUGGUGGCCGUGCCGAGCCCGGCCGCAGGCGGCGGCACCAGCGCAGUGCCACGUGCGCUCUCCAACCGACUCACCGUGGCCCUCGACGCCAUCCUGCAAUUUGACCCCAUCGCCAGUGCGUGGCGCUCCUUCUGGACUCCGGGCGAGGCAGGCCAACCCCGCAAGAGGUUCUUCUUCAACGCUCUCACACGCGAGAUGGUUUGGGAGCGGCCCCGUGAGCUAGACCCGCCGCGCGUUGUCUUCUCCUGCGCCGUCGACCGCGUUGUCAACUGGGUCACCGCGAAAACCGUCAAGGAGUUUAUUUUCCUCACGACGCACGACGUGCUGUACAUGGUGCGCGAGACACCGCCUUCGUCCUCGCAGCCGCCUAGUAGUAGCGCAAAGCAUUCCAAGCGUGCGGCCGCCGCAAUGGAGAAGCAGCCGGUCGCCAUGACGCUGACGCCGUGCUUCACUCUGCAGAAGCGCAUAGACCUGCGUCUUCUUACACAGGUGGCGGUCACCACGAUGGCCGACACGGUGCUGGUGGUGCGCGUGCUGCCGGUGCAGGCGCCGUACCGAACAGUCACCGAUACGGUCAAGACGAAAGCAGGACCUUCAAAAUGCGAGACGUGCAACCGUGCUGCCACACCGGCGCUGCGCCGCGCCAACUGCCCGAGUUGCGGCCGGCUAUGCUGCGUCCGGCACUGUCUGACCUAUGCGCGGCCACUGCCCAUGAUCACUGGGCAAGCAGCCCCGGUGCGAGUCUGUCCCGCUUGCGUGGUAGGGGAGCCUCUGGAGCCGGUGGAGGACAUGGUGCUGCUGACGAGUUACAGGACGGAGCUUGCCGGCACGCUCUGCGCGCGUUACCAGGAGCGCAUGGGCAACCCGCUGCCGUUCUUUGUGUCGGACAGCAUUCCAUUCUCCAAGUGGACGCCUGCGCCGUCGCCACCGAAGGUGAAGCGUACGCGCCGCCCCGCCAAGUCCUCGGCAAGCCGAGGCGGUGAAGCCUCUGAGGAAGCCCAGCCGUUGGUGAUUGGUGGAUUGUACGAGGUGACGCUGACGUGCACUGUCACCGAUGACCCGCUGACGAACGACACUGUGCUCAUUGGUGCCGCCCCUCCAGACCUGCUGACGGCUGCCGCUUCCGCAGAUGGCCGUGCAGGCGCAAAAGGCAGGAAGAAAGGCAAGGAGGCUUUCGACGACGAGGUAGCAUACACCGUACCACCUGGCACGCCGCCUGUGCUGCGGCUGGUUGCGCCGCGCGGCAUCACGGGAGAGCAGAUCCGACGCAUGGAGGCCAUUCGCGAGGAGCGCCGAAAAGUGGCUGCGGCACGAAGGCGUCGGGAGGAGGAAGAGGAGCGGGAGCGCGAAGCACAGCGGGAGCGCGAGCGUGAGGCUGAGCACCGGCGAGUCGUGCAGGAGCGGAAGAAGGCGAAGGCAGCCGAGGCGGCUCGCAUGGAGGCAGAGCGUGCCACUCGUGAAAUGGCCGCCGCGGAGCGUCGUGAGGAGGCCGCUCGCGUGGUGGCGGAGCGCGCACAGCGCCGGUAG